ACACUACAAAACGUAACCUUUGCAUAAACUGCCCAAAAUUUCAAAAGAGAAAUCUGAACGUAUAACUCUUUUUCUGUUUUUUUUUUUAACGUUUUUCUCUCUCUCACUAAACCUCUGACACCCUCCAUUUUGAAACUGUUUAGGAGAAAUUCUUCUUCUCCAUUUAAGAGAGAGACGAUGAGUUAGGUACGGGUUUUUUGUUUCCGUCCACGAAAGAAAAGGAAGGAGAAUGUAAUGGCGGAGGUGGUGGAGGAGUUGAUAGAGAGGGCCGGGGGUUGUGCAGUGAUCGACGGUGGCCUCGCCACCCGCUUGGAGGAGAGGGGAGCCGACAUCAACCAUCCCCUUUGGAGUGCCCUCUGCCUCAUCAACGACCCUCACCUCAUUAAACAGGUUCACUUGGAAUAUCUAGAGGCCGGUGCUGACAUAAUUGUGACUUCAUCUUAUCAGGCAACCCUUCCUGGAUUUUUAUCCAACGGGAUUUCGAAAGAAGAAGGAGAGUUGUUACUCCAACGAAGUGUAAAGUUGGCUUGUGAAGCUCGAGAUACAUUUUGGGAGUUUCUUCAGCGAAUGCCAGGGCACAGACACAGCUGUGCAUUGGUGGCAGCUUCUGUUGGUAGCUAUGGAGCUUAUCUUGCAGAUGGUUCAGAGUACAGUGGGAAUUAUGGUCCCGACGUGAGCUUAGAAAAGCUGAAGGACUUUCAUAGGCGACGUUUACAGGUUCUUGUGGAGGCGGGCCCAGAUAUGCUGGCCUUUGAGACCAUCCCCAAUAAGCUUGAAACCCAGGCUUGUGUUGAGCUGCUUCAUGAAGAAAACAUAAAGAUUCCAUCUAUGAUAUGCUUCAGCUCUGUAGAUGGUGAACAUGCAGCCUCUGGGGAGAGCUUCCACGAAUGCCUUGAUCUACUGAAUAAGUGUGAUAAAGUUUGCGCAGUUGGAAUUAAUUGCACGCCUCCACAUUUCAUAGAAAAUCUUAUACAUAUGUUUUUAAAGUUGAGUAGAAAGAUUAUAGCUGUUUAUCCAAAUAGUGGUGAAGUUUGGGAUGGCAGGACCAAGAAAUGGCUGCAUUCUACAUGUUUUGGAGACAAGGAAUUUGGAUCAUAUGCAAAGAGAUGGCAAGAAGCUGGAGCCAAACUAAUAGGAGGAUGCUGCCGAACUACCCCAUCUACAGUAGCUGCUAUUUCAAAUGCUCUAAGAAAACAGUCUUGAUUCCAAAUUACUCAGAAGUAAGAUAAUAACGUGUAAGGUUUAUUUAUAAACUUCAUGGUUGUAGUUAAAUUAAUAUAUUUAUCUCUCUUGAAUAAAGCAGCUAAUUACCAAUAAAGUUUCCCAUUUGAUAAA